ACAAUUGCCGGGGGUUGUUUCAGCUGUGUACUCACCGGUUAAAGCUUAGUAGUACAGUAGUUUAUUUCGUGUCUUGGAUUUAUUUUAGGAGAUAAAACCACUGCCGUCUGAGAAAACCAGCAACUCCACUGCCAAAAUGCACGUGAUUAAACGAGAUGGGCGCCAGGAGGCAGUGAGUUUCGAUAAAAUCACAUCUCGCAUCCAGAAGCUAUGCUAUGGACUCAACGGCGACUUUGUGGACCCUACCCAGAUUACCAUGAAGGUGAUCCAGGGGCUGUACAGUGGAGUCACCACCGUGGAGUUGGACACUCUGGCUGCAGAAACUUCUGCAACCCUGACCACUAAACAUCCUGACUAUGCGGUCCUGGCUGCACGGAUCGCAGUGUCCAACCUGCAUAAGGAAACUAAGAAAGGAUUCAGUGAUGUGAUGGAAGACCUGUACAACUAUGUCAACCCCUUAAAUAAAAGUCACUCACCUAUGAUUUCCAAGGAGAUGCUCAACAUUGUCCUUGAAAACAAAGAUCGCCUCAACUCAGCCAUCAUUUAUGACCGAGACUUUUCUUACAACUUCUUUGGCUUUAAGACACUUGAGCGGUCAUACUUGCUAAAGAUUAAUGGCAAAGUUGCUGAGAGGCCCCAGCACAUGCUAAUGAGAGUAGCUGUAGGCAUUCACAAAACAGACAUCGAUGCAGCCAUUGAGACUUACAACUUGCUGUCGGAGAAGUGGUUCACCCACGCCUCCCCAACACUGUUCAAUGCAGGCACCAACAGGCCACAGAUGUCGAGCUGUUUCUUGUUGGCUAUGAAGGAUGACAGUAUCGACGGGAUUUAUGACACGCUAAAGCACUGCGCCCUCAUCUCCAAAUCAGCUGGAGGCAUCGGUUUGGCAGUGAGCUGCAUCAGGGCAACAGGCAGCUAUAUUGCUGGGACUAACGGCACCUCCAACGGGCUGGUUCCCAUGCUGCGCGUGUACAACAACACAGCCCGUUAUGUGGACCAGGGCGGCAACAAGAGACCAGGGGCCUUCGCUGUGUAUCUGGAGCCGUGGCAUUCAGAUGUGUUUGACUUUUUGGAGUUGAAGAAGAACACGGGUAAAGAAGAGCAGAGGGCCAGAGACCUGUUCUUUGCCCUUUGGAUCCCGGAUCUCUUUAUGAAAAGAGUGGAAAGCAAUGAGGACUGGUCUCUGAUGUGUCCCAGUGAAUGUCCAGGAUUGGAGGAGUGCUGGGGAGAGGAGUUUGAGAAGCUCUACACUCGGUAUGAGAAGGAGGGCAGAGCGAAACGGGUGGUAAAGGCUCAGCAGCUGUGGUACGCAGUCAUCGAGUCGCAGACAGAAACUGGAACUCCGUACAUGCUCUACAAGGAUGCCUGCAACAGAAAGAGCAACCAGCAAAAUCUGGGCACCAUCAAAUCCAGCAACCUGUGCACAGAAAUUGUAGAGUACACAAGCAAAGAUGAGGUUGCAGUGUGUAAUCUGGCAUCUAUUGCCCUGAACAUGUACGUCACACCAAAAAAGACAUUUGACUUCAAAAAGCUUGCAUCCGUUACCAAAGUUAUUGUCAAGAACCUGAACAAGAUCAUUGACAUCAAUUACUACCCUGUGCCUGAGGCUAAAAAGUCCAAUAUGCGUCACAGGCCCAUUGGAAUUGGUGUGCAAGGUCUGGCUGACGCUUUUAUCCUCAUGCGCUAUCCGUUCGAGAGUCCAGAGGCCCAGUUACUCAACAUUCAGAUCUUUGAGACCAUCUACUACGCUGCCCUGGAGGCCAGCUGCGAGCUGGCAGCAGAAUUUGGGGCUUAUGAAACCUACACUGGCUCCCCGGUCAGCAAGGGAACCCUGCAGUACGACAUGUGGGGCAAAACGCCUACAGAUCUGUGGGACUGGAAAUCACUCAAAGAGAAAAUAGCAAAGCACGGUGUGAGGAACAGCCUGCUUCUGGCUCCGAUGCCCACAGCCUCCACUGCCCAGAUUCUGGGCAACAAUGAGUCGAUCGAAGCAUACACCAGCAACAUCUACACUCGCAGGGUGCUCUCAGGAGAGUUUCAGAUUGUGAAUCCCCACCUGCUGAAGGACCUCACAGAUAGAGGACUGUGGAAUGAGGAAAUGAAGAACCAGCUCAUUGCUCAGAAUGGCUCCGUCCAGCAAAUUGAAGAGAUCCCUGAUGACCUGAAGCAGCUGUACAAAACGGUCUGGGAAAUCUCCCAGAAGACUGUGCUGAAGAUGGCCGCAGAUCGUGGGGCCUACAUCGACCAGAGCCAGUCCCUUAACAUUCAUAUCGCUGAGCCCAACUAUGGGAAACUUUCCAGCAUGCACUUCUAUGGCUGGAAGUUGGGCCUGAAGACUGGCAUGUACUACCUGCGGACAAAGCCCGCCGCCAACCCAAUCCAGUUCACCCUGAACAAGGAGAAAUUAAAGGAGGCCCAGUCUAAGAGUGCAGAGGAGGAGACCAAAGAGCGAAACACUGCAGCCAUGGUUUGCUCCUUAGCAAAUAAAGAUGAAUGCUUAAUGUGUGGUUCCUAACCGGGCAGCUCCCCCAUAAUCUCACUCCACCAAAAAUGUCUGUUUAUUUUAUAUCUGAUUUUGAAACAGGUUUCACAGUUGCUUUUGCCUUCAUAUAUGAAAUAAUUAUAGUCUUUAUUUAAUGUAAUUUUUAUCAUGAAAUGGCUGUUGUGUUUUUAUGGGUUUAGUCAAUAUUAAUAUUUUUAAAUAUUUUUUUGCCAUUUAUAUUUGUCCUGUGGUUUAUAAAUGUGAAUGUGUGUGAAUGAAUUACAUGUUGAUCUGUUUUUUAAAUUCAUAUAAAAGCAAACUUGUUUCAA